ACAGGCAUCCUCAAAUAUAAGGAAUAAAUAUAUAUUUUUUAUCAAAACGCGUCUAUACACAGAGAAAGGAGUAGGGAUUGCGCGAAGACGACGGUGAGCGUAGUUUAGUCAUACAGAAAGGAGUAGGGAUUGCAUUGCAGAGAAGAGAGAUGGAGGAAACCAUAGCUUUCAAAAACCUCCACAGCCGAGACUAUCAAGGCCACAAGAAGAAGGUGCAUUCGGUGGCUUGGAAUUGCACUGGCACGAAGCUCGCCUCUGGUUCUGUCGAUCAAACGGCUCGCGUUUGGCACAUCGAGUCCCACGGACAUGGUAAGGCAAAAGAUAUUGAGCUAAAGGGGCAUACUGAUAGUGUUGAUCAGUUAUGUUGGGACCCUAAACAUGCCGAUUUAAUUGCAACUGCAUCUGGGGACAAGACAGUUCGUCUGUGGGAUGCUCGCAGUGGAAAAUGCUCACAGCAAGCAGAACUUAGCGGGGAGAAUAUCAACAUCACCUACAAGCCUGAUGGAACACACAUAGCCGUCGGGAACAGGGACGAUGAAUUAACAAUACUGGAUGUUCGGAAAUUUAAGCCCAUACACCGGCGCAAGUUCAGUUACGAGGUAAAUGAAAUUGCUUGGAACAUGACGGGAGAUAUGUUCUUUUUGACAACUGGCAAUGGCACUGUUGAAGUACUGGCAUAUCCAUCUCUUAGACUGGUUGAUACCCUUCAAGCUCAUACAGCUGGUUGCUAUUGCAUUGCAAUCGACCCAUUAGGGAGAUAUCUCGCUGUUGGAAGUGCUGAUUCGUUAGUCAGCCUUUGGGAUAUUUCACAGAUGCUCUGUGUGCGAACAUUUACAAAACUUGAAUGGCCAGUCAGGACAAUUAGCUUCAAUCACACAGGAGAAUAUAUUGCUUCAGCCAGUGAAGACUUGUUCAUUGAUAUAUCAAAUGUCCAAACUGGAAGAUCCGUCCACCAAAUUCCAUGUCGGGCUGCCAUGAACAGCGUGGAAUGGAAUCCUGUACACAAUUUACUUGUGUAUGCCGGAGAUGAUAAAAACAAAUAUCAAGCUGAUGAAGGUGUUUUCCGAAUAUUUGGCUUUGAGACUGCAUAAGAUCUGACAGGGCUAUGGUUCGAUAUAAUGAUAGUGGAGGCUCUUUUUAAUUGUUUAUUUAAUUUUUAUUUUUGGGUUUUUUGUCGACUUCCAUAACUUCUUCCUGGGCACAAUGGGGAAAAAGUUAAUCUGCGCCUUCAGUGCGUGUGCUCGUGUCUGUCUUAUGAUCGUGUCCGUCUUAUGCAACUCCAUGCCUUGUAUGCUCGCUAUUUGUGACAAAAUGUGACAAAUGUGUACUUAUUAUUACAAUUCUGUUGUAUUCUA